AUGGCAGUCGGAAUCGUUAACAUUGGCAAAGAUGCCCGGGGAGAUAUGUUCCAUCGUUACAAGAUGCCCGUCUUACAGGUGAAAGUCGAAGGCAAGGGUAAUGGGAUCAAAACGGUCAUCCCUAACAUGUCUGAUAUCGCUCGUGCGCUGGCCAGACCACCAACCUAUACUACCAAGUUUUUCGGCUGUGAGCUUGGUGCUCAGACGACGUUUGACGAGAAGUAUGACCGAUACAUCGUCAAUGGAGCCCAUCAGGCCGACCGACUGCGGGAACUACUGGAUGUGUUUAUCGACAAGUUUGUGCUCUGUUCGAGUUGCAAAAACCCAGAGACCGAGCUAAUGAUCGUCGGGCGAGACGAGCUGAUCUGGCGGGACUGCAAGGCGUGUGGGCAUCGAGGACAUGUGGACAACCGACAUAAGCUAUGUACAUUCAUCUUAAAGAACCCACCGGAGUCGUCCAAGAAGAAAUCCAAGCGAGACAAGAAGGCCAAGGCGGCUGAGGCCGGCGGGGCACCCACAGAAGGCUCUUCCGACGACGGCCACAACAGCCAGGAUGAGCUGACGAAGAGGAUUGAGGGCGAGGCGGUGGACGCCAAGACGGCAGAGGCGACAUCGACCCUCAAGGAUGAGGACUGGUCGGCCGAUACCUCGGCCGGGGCCGUCAAGGCACGCAUGAAAUCUCUCGAGGCCGGGAUCCAGAACGGACUUAGUCUGGUCGAUGAGGACGACGAGGACAACCCCGGCGGACCCUACGCGGUCUUCAGCGAGUGGAUCCUCACUAACCGUGAAUCGGUCUCGGACCCCGAGAUCCUUGUCAAGGCGAAAGAACUCGGCAUCGAGAAGAAACAUAAGACCGUCCAGAUACUUGCCCUUAACUUGUUUACUGAGAACGCAGUCAAACAGGUCCAGAAACACCAUGCUCUCUUUGCCAAGUUGGUCAACAGCGAAAAGCACCAGAAAGCCCUGCUCGGAGGCAUCGAGCAGUUAUGUGGGGAAGCUUAUCCAAGCUUGGUUCCCUUGGGCGUGCCCAAGAUCAUCAUGGAGUUCUACCAAGCCGACAUCUUGGAGGAAGAUGUGAUCAAACAGUGGGGCACUCAUGUUUCUAAGAAAUAUGUGGACAAGGACAUCAGUAAGCGAGUCAGACGGGCUUGUGAACCCUUGUUGAAAUGGCUCGACGAGGCUGAGGCUGAGGAUGAUGAAGACGAGUAA